AUGAAAACAUUUUAUUCUAGAACUGUAUUUUAUAUUAUAAGCACAAUAUGUUGUUCUUUAGGUGUAUCUUCGAUAGAAGUAGCGACAGUUAUGCCGAAAAAGGUUGAAAAUAUUUUGAAAAAGACAAACUUAUCCGAAGUAAAGGACAUUCUUAAUAAUUCAAGAAGGAUUGUAAUCGGAACUGAAGCUCUUAAUAAUAGGCCUUACAUGGUAUACUUGAAGCUACCAACUAACAAUCCGAAAUACAAAGACUAUAGGCGAUGGCUGUGCGGCGGGGUUAUCAUCCACGACGAAUACAUUCUUACUUCUGCCGCUUGCAUUGAAGACGCUAAACAUUUUUAUAUCGUCUCUGGAACUUUUAGGCAUGAUGAAGCUGAUGAUCGAUACUCAAACCCUUGCAUAAAAAAUGGAGCUAAGAAAGCAAUUUGGAAAUGUAUACCUAGAAAUUAUGUAUUCGACGGUCAUGAGAACGACAACAUUCGAUGGAUGAACAACGACAUUGCAAUUGUGAGAGUAGAAGAUGAGUUUGAUUUCACCCGUCGCGUGAGAGGCUGUGAUUUCAUUCCCAGACCUGUCUGUUAUAACAAUCAGAGCGCUAAGCUUGAAGAGCCAGAUUCUACUGCCAGUAUAGCCGGAUGGGGCAGCACGUUUCGAUAUAAUGAUAAUAAUAACGCAGAUGCUGGGAAGCAGAAUCUUCUGGAAACCAACGUCAUUAUCAUACCGAAGCAACAGUGCAAGCAACGAUGGGGACGUCGGUACCACAACAUCAUAGAAAACUACAUGAUUUGCACGAAAGAUAUCGUCCCUGACCUCUCUGAAAUAUGUUCGGAGAAAUACGUGGACUGCACUGAUGUGCAGUAUUCGGAUUCAGAGGAAGGUGGAACGAGACGAGUACUUAACCCUAAUCAGCUGGUGCUUCAUUCUGCGUACCACAACGCGUCUGGUAGGAGACAGAACAUAGGCAGUGGAGGGUUUUGUGAGAAUGAUCACGGUGGUCCCUUGGUGGCCGGUGAAGGCGUCAACGCUAUGAUCAUUGGCAUUAUUUCAGCUUGCCUCGUUAAAGAAAACACGAAUAGAUGCUAUGGACCUUUCUUAUACACCAGCGUUUACAAAAACAGGGCCCUUAUAAACUGCGCUGUAUUCAAAGACGCACAAUCCUCGUGUGACAAAUUAUUUAGAUCUGAUGUAACUCAUACAGAAACAGAAAUCAGCUGGGCUGAUCAUCCUGAUGGUCCAGCAAAGAACGAAAUUACAAAGCUUGCAGAGAAAAAAGCAGAAGAACCUAAAAGACGUCAAUUUGCUCUGAAUGAGUCAGUAGCAACAAAUUGGUCUACUACCAUACAUCCCAAGUUACUUGAUGCAGCCCAAGAGCAUAGUGGAGUAGUCGUGAGGUCCGAAGAUGUAGCCAAUAAAACAGCCACCACCACACCUAAAGCAAAUAGUACAUCUCGUUGA